GUGUUGGAAAGAUUUGGUCACACAGCCCCGGUCAGCGGAAAAAAAUGAGUUUUUGCGGCAGAAGAAAAAUUGAUUAAUUCUCGUAAAUAAACAAAGCAAACCGCGAGAAAAGUGUCAUAGCCCCAACCAGCUAGAUUAUGUUGCGCAUCUAUCAAAAUACAUCCCGGCGCACCGCGAGGAAAGCUGUUGUCUACGCCACCACCAAGGUUGCCUGCUGCAAUCAUUCCACGCUUUGCGGCAUCACCAGCCAUGCUCGAAGAGGGCCGCCCCACGAGCAGCGGCAGCAGCAGAGGAAUGGCCCUCACCACGAGGAGUUCCUGCUUGCCGGCAAUUCGGCGCGGGGCUGGCAAAUGCCGCCGCCCUCGCGCGGCUACGGCAUGCUGGUGGUGCGCAUCCUGCGAGGAGCACUAAAGCUGCGCUACCUCGUCCUGGGCGGCGCCAUUGGAGGGGGCGUUUCCCUAAGCAAAAAAUACGAGGACUGGAAGGACGGCCUGCCGGACAUGAAAUGGCUGGAGGAUGCCAUGCCACAGGGCGAGCGGUGGAACGCCUUCUCCCGCAAUCUAAUGGAGGUGGGAGGCCUGGUAAAAAAUGCCAUCGAUAUAGAUCCGAAGCUCAAGCAGCUGGGCGAGGAUAAGUUGUCGGAAUGGCGCAACUGGUUCGACAAUCGCCUGGACGAUGCCAUCGAGGCCGCCGACUAUCAAGGAGUUCAGAUUGUCGAAACCAAGGAGGACCUGAAGGCCAAGACCUCUGUGGCCGCUUUGGGCAUCACCACCGAUGAGAGUCGCAAAAAGUAUGAGAAACUCCAGAGCCAGGUAGAGACGCUGCAGACGGAGAUCAUGAAUGUGCAGAUCAAAUACCAAAAGGAACUGGAGAAAAUGGAAAAGGAGAAUCGCGAUUUGCGCCAGCAGUUCCUCAUCCUCAAGACGAACAAGAAGACUUCGGCCAAGAAGAUCAAAAAGUCCCUGAUCGACAUGUACUCCGAGGUGCUGGACGAGCUCUCGGGCUACGAUACGGGCUACACCAUGGCCGAUCAUCUGCCGCGCGUCGUCGUCGUGGGAGAUCAGAGCAGUGGUAAGACAUCGGUCCUAGAGUCCAUUGCCAAGGCGCGCAUCUUUCCCCGCGGCAGUGGCGAGAUGAUGACCCGGGCUCCCGUCAAGGUCACCCUGGCGGAGGGACCCUAUCAUGUGGCGCAGUUCAGGGACUCGGACAGGGAGUACGACCUCACCAAGGAGUCGGAUCUGGCCGAUCUGCGGAAGGAGGUGGAGUUCCGCAUGCGUGCCUCCGUUCGCGGUGGCAAGACCGUGAGCAACGAAGUCAUUUCCAUGACGGUCAAAGGUCCCGGCCUGCAGCGCAUGGUUCUAGUCGAUCUUCCCGGCAUUAUCUCAACUAUGACAGUGGACAUGGCCUCGGAUACCAAGGAUUCAAUUCACCAGAUGACAAAGCAUUACAUGAGCAACCCCAACGCCAUCAUUCUGUGCAUCCAAGACGGCUCCGUUGACGCGGAGCGCAGCAAUGUCACGGAUCUGGUCAUGCAGUGCGAUCCUCUGGGUCGGCGAACCAUUUUCGUGCUUACGAAGGUGGAUCUGGCCGAGGAGCUGGCCGACCCGGAUAGGAUAAGGAAGAUUCUGUCCGGCAAGCUCUUCCCCAUGAAGGCUCUAGGCUACUAUGCUGUGGUAACAGGACGCGGUCGAAAGGACGACAGCAUAGACGCCAUCAGGCAGUACGAGGAGGACUUUUUUAAGAACUCGAAGCUGUUCCAUCGACGCGGCGUAAUCAUGCCCCAUCAGGUGACCAGCCGGAAUCUCAGCCUGGCCGUUUCCGAUCGUUUCUGGAAGAUGGUGCGCGAGACCAUUGAGCAGCAGGCUGAUGCAUUUAAGGCCACCAGAUUCAACCUGGAGACCGAAUGGAAGAACAACUUCCCUAGGCUGCGCGAGUCCGGACGCGACGAACUGUUCGACAAGGCCAAGGGCGAGAUACUGGACGAGGUGGUGACGCUGUCGCAGAUCUCGGCCAAGAAGUGGGACGACGCUCUCAACGCCAAGCUCUGGGAGAAGCUGUCCAACUAUGUGUUCGAGAACAUCUACCUGCCCGCCGCUCAGUCAGGUUCUCAAAACUCCUUCAACACCAUGGUGGACAUCAAGCUGCGGCAGUGGGCCGAGCAGGCUCUGCCCGCGAAGUCCGUGGAGGCCGGCUGGGAGGCCCUGCAACUGGAAUUCAUCUCGCUGAUGGAGCGCUCCAAGAAGUCCCAGGACCACGACGGCAUCUUCGAUCAGCUCAAGGGUGCGGUGGUGGACGAGGCCAUACGGCGGCACAGCUGGGAGGACAAGGCCAUCGAUAUGCUGCGCGUCAUCCAACUGAACACGCUGGAGGAUCGGUUCGUGCACACCAAGUCCGAGUGGGACUCGGCUGUCAAGUUCCUGGAGACGUCCGUGAAUGCCAAGCUCGUGCAGACGGAAGAGACGCUGGGGCAGAUGUUUGGCCCCGGUCAGAUGCGACGCCUCACCCAUUGGCAGUACCUCACCCAGGAUCAACAGAAGCGGCGGUGUGUCAAGGGGGAACUGGACAAAAUACUCAAAACGGACUCGAAACAUUUGCCCACUCUGAGCUACGAUGAGCUGACGACGGUGCGCAAGAACCUCCAGCGUGAUAACGUGGACGUGGACACGGACUAUAUAAGGCAAACGUGGUUCCCAGUCUACAGAAAACACUUCCUGCAGCAGGCGUUGCAGAGGGCAAAGGAUUGUCGCAAGGCCUAUUACCUGUACACGCAACAAGGAGCUGAGUGCGAGAUCUCCUGCAGCGACGUCGUGCUCUUCUGGCGCAUCCAGCAGGUGAUAAAGAUAACGGGCAAUGCCUUAAGACAGCAGGUAAUAAAUCGGGAGGCCCGGCGGCUGGACAAGGAGAUAAAGGCGGUGCUGGACGAGUUCAGCGACGACGAAGAGAAAAAGGCGCACCUGCUCACCGGAAAGCGAGUGCUGCUGGCGGAAGAACUGAUCAAAGUACGGAUGAUCCAGGAGAAGCUGGAGGAGUUCAUCAAUUCACUGAAUCAGGAAAAGUAGUGAGUGGAGUGUGCCAUGACCAAAGACACAUCAUCGUGGGGCGUUACUUAACAGGAUCUUCUUAAAACACACAUUUCAAAUGUUUGUUUCAUAGUCACCGCCCAAUCCCCACAUAGUUAAGCUUACUUUGUGCUGCGAAAGUAAUAAACCGAUAGCGAUCGUUUAGUUUGUAUUAA